UGAACCACCACCACCCGCUUUCCCGACAAAGUGACGUGCUGACUACCUACUUAGUACCUAAACACCCUCACCACCACCGGCCCCUUGCCUCGUCCCCUCCAGCGAGAGGCACGGCUGGCCUCCCCGCGGCACCUCGCGUUGAAAUCGCUGCGUCGGCAUCGAACCCUACUAGGUCGCCCAUCCACCAUGGCCGUCGGACUCAUGGCGCCUCCGACCCGCCACGCCGUUGACGAGGAGGCUCGGGCCGAAGUUGAUGUGCUCAACUCGCGCCUCGACAAGACGACACAGUUGACCAAAAAGAUCCAGGCUUGUCUGGGCCGUCUCGAUGCGUCCGGCCAGAGCGUUCGUGAGGUGGCCGGCCCGCUCAGCGGCGAGACAAAGCGCCUCCAGCUGCUGGGGAACAACGCCGACGCUGUACUUGCCGCCAUCGGCCGGCUUCGACAGUCUGUCGAUAGCAAGGAAGACGAGGAGCAGAUUGUUCGGGCUGGGCCCGAGAAGGUCGGCUUGUCCACCUACCUCGCCUCCAUCAAGCGCCUCAAUAAGUCCCAUGCCGAUAUGCAAGCUUCCAACCUGCGCGCCAAUCACAACGCCAUGGCCGAUUUGACUCGCCUCAUCAAGGCUGGCAACUCUCAGCUCGAAGCCUACUUUGACAGACUGCUCCGGGCAGAAACGCCCCGAACCAUUGAGCCCCUUCACUUCAUCACCAAGGACAAGCAAUUUCCCGUCCUGCACCAAGAUAAGAUCGCCCGCCUGGGCCUGAUACAUUCUUAUCUGUCCUCAAACGGUCAAGGCAUGGGCCACGAUGUCCCUACUGUCAAACUUUAUGCCGACAUUCGCGCCCCCUACCUCUCCACCUCUUUGGCGAAUCUGGCCGCCGCCAGCGUUAGUACUGCCAAAAAGAAAAACCCGGGCGCCAUAUACCGUGCUGGAACCAACGGCAUAGGUACCUACGCGCAGGCCAUGGAGGCCAUGUUCAUGUCAGAGUAUGACAACAUAUGCAGCAUCUUCACGCGUGAUGAUUGGGGCAACGUCUUCCAAUCUACGUGCCAGGCGGCGCUCAACGAACUCGCCCGUACCGUUCGGGAACUGAAUAACCAUAUAAAAGCCCAUCUCACCACAGACUGUUAUCUCGCAUACGAGGUAACCGAAAUCCUAUCAACAAUGUCCGCAAACGUGGGCGGAAGAACUGGCGAACUCAAACCGGCACUGGCUGCUGUUCUGAAGCCUAUUCGCGAGACCGCCAAGUCCUCUCUUUCCGAGCUGCUCGAAGAGACCAGGCGCAAAGUCAGCAGCCUACAGGGAUUGCCUUCUGACGGCGCUCCAACGCCCAUAGUAUCAGAGGUUAUGCAGCGCCUGCAGGCCAUGGUGGAGUUCUUGCGACCAAUUUCAGGCAUCAUGAUCUCUCUAGGUGACGGAGGCUGGAAGGCCAAUACAAGCCAAAGCGGUCGCUCUACAAAUGCAAUCCCCAGCCUAGCUUCCUUCGAUAUUGGCGCGGACGGCGAGGACCUGUUUUCGCGCUACUGCCUGGAUACCAUUGACGCCCUGCUCUCCGCUUUGGACCAGAAAGCACGCGCUGUCCUCCGGGCCAAGUCACUCGUUGGUGUCUUCAUUGCCAACAAUAUCAUCAUCAUCCAGCGAGCCAUUGUAGACUCUGAACUUCACGCCCUGCUGGAGCCGCGGCUUGAUCUGCUCGACCAGUGGCGCAAAAAGGCCACUGCAUCCUACACUGACAUCUGCAAAGAUCUCUCGGUCUAUCUUUUUGAUACCAUUCACACCAACCGUACGCAGCGACCGACAUCCGGACAGGCAGACUCUGCGUCUGUGGUUAAGGGCCUGAGCAGUAAAGACAAGGAUAAGAUCAAAGAGAAGUUUUCCCAGUUCAAUAGCGCCUUUGAUGACAUGGUCUCCAAGCACCGGUCCUACCACAUGGAGCGUGAGGUGCGAUCCAUGUUCGGCGAAGACAUUCGCCAAAAGCUGCAACCGCUGUACGACCGAUUUUGGGACCGGUAUCAUGAAAUUGACAAAGGAAAGGGCAAGUACGUCAAGUACGACAAGUCGGCCAUCGCAGCCGUCUUCCUCAGCCUCUCGUCAUGAGACAGGGUGAGCGUUCGCCAAAUAAUCACAACCCAACGAGUGGUAGAGCGGCCUUCCUUGACGGAACAGGUGGUCAGCACUUGCCUGAAAGUCGCUGCUUCUGUCCUGGAGAGGGCCUGUCGUUUCCCCCCUCAGGCGGCUACUCCAGUCUCGAGCUGUCCACUCUCCGUCUGAUAGCAAACACGGGGUUCCCUCUGCUGAGUGGCUUUCCUCGACGGGGUUGGUUCCUCUCGGCCAUGUAAUUGAGUUGCAGUAGCUGUUAUUUUACGUCACCUUCAAACAACCGGGCUGAGAAACCGGUGUCUUGUACAGCUAAUCUGGCUGAGAGCCGAAGAAAGGGGCCACUUGGCGAGCGGAGCACCACCAUGUGGGCAUUCGUUCACAUGCCGUCCUAUUGCUCGCCCCGUCUGCCGUAAGGAAAAUGAAAUGAACGGGCUAGAUACUGCUGUGUGAGCCAGCUCCACUGCCAAAUACAUGAUCUAACCGCGUCCGUCGUUCCCAGAUGACGUUUCCGGUG